CAGUCAGUUCCGAGCUGCAACUUUCACAAUCUGGGGCUUUAAGUGCGGAACACAUGGAGCGCGCGGAUCGGUCCUGAUCGCGGUGUGAGCGGAGACAUCGGCCGAUCCGGGGGGGAAGGACAAGCGCUCAGCGAUCGCACGACACCACCCAGCCAUUCUUCCCGGCACCGACCCCACGACACUAAGGCGGGCAAUGCCGUUUGGAUGUGUGACGUUAGGUGACAAAAAGGAUUACAAUCAACCCACAGAAGUCAGCGACAAAUAUGACUUGGGCCAGCUCAUCAAGACAGAGGAAUUCUGCGAAGUCUUCAGAGCCAAAGACAAAUCAUCGGGAAAAUUCUACACCUGCAAACGUUUCCUGAAGAGAGAUGGGCGCAAAGUGCGGAAGGCGGCCAAAAAUGAAAUUAACAUCCUAAAAAUGGUGAAGCACCCCAACAUCCUGCAGCUGGUCGAUGUGUUUGAGACUAAGAAGGAAUAUUUCAUCUUCAUGGAGCUAGCUUCAGGCCGGGAAGUGUUUGAUUGGAUCCUCGAUCAGGGUUAUUACUCAGAGAAGGACACAAGUAACGUCAUCCGGCAGGUCCUGGAGGCUGUGGCCUAUCUUCACUCGCUGUGUAUUGUGCACAGGAACCUCAAGUUGGAGAACUUGUUGUAUUAUAACCGUUUGAAGAAUUCCAAAAUAGUCAUCAGCGACUUUCAUUUGGCUAAAGUGGAGACGAGCCUCCUCAAAGAGCCUUGUGGCACCCCUGAGUACCUGGCCCCAGAGGUGGUCGCACGCCAGCGAUACGGUCGGCCUGUUGACUGCUGGGCCAUCGGAGUCAUUAUGUACAUACUACUCUCUGGGAACCCUCCGUUCUACGAUGAGAUGGAGGAGGAAGAUUACGAAAGUCACGACAAGAACCUGUUCCGGAAGAUUCUGCAUGGCGAUUAUGAGUUUGACUCUCCAUAUUGGGAUGAUAUUUCUCUAGCAGCCAAAGAUUUGGUGUCCCGUCUGAUGGAGGUGGACCAGGACCAGAGGGUCACAGCAGCAGAUGCCAUUAGCCAUGAAUGGAUUUCAGGGAACGCGGCAUCUGAUAAAAACAUCAAGGACGGAGUGUGUGCGCAGAUCGAGAAGAACUUUGCUAAAGCCAAAUGGAAGAAAGCUGUGCGGGUGACCACCAUGAUGAAGCGCCUGAGGGCACCGGACCCGACCGAGUCUAAGACCCCAUCUCCAUCCAUGGACAGCGAGCGGACGCCAGGCCUGACUACCCCUGCACCAUCACCCGCCAGCACCCCAGCCGAAGAAACGCCAUCCCCGGUGGUCAGCCCCUCUCCUGACGGCACCGGAUGAGGGCCAUCUAAACCGCCAACACCCUUCUCACCGCAGAGCAUACCGUCAUUAACCCUUCCUCUCCCUCCACCACGACGGGCUUCUCUGCCAUCGUGUCAUUAACAUUUCCAGACGGGUUGGCAGCAGAUGGUGGAGCAGAGAUGCCGCUGCCGCCCCGCUAGAGAGAAUUGCAGCGCUGACCUCCCAUCGCAUCGCACCCAUUAACCCCUCCACCGCUAUGGCCAAGCAUUACUUUUUAACCCUUUAGUUGCUAGAGAUCUACUGCACUGUUAGAAGAAUCCCCUCCCCCCCCUCAUUCCCCUAAUAGAUGCUGGGCUAAAUGUACAGAUCCCCAUCAUAUCCAUCGUACACUAUAUCAUAACUCCAUUCCACCUUUUAGCACCCCCGCCGCUAAAGUGGACCUGUCACCACCAGCUAACGCUUUUCUGUGCUUCUAAAGCUACCUAGAUAUUUCCUGCAGAAAUUUUCUAAAGAGAGUAUUGAAUAGUCUUCUCUCUGGCUGCCCCCCAUAUUCCCCCCCCCAGUAAGACCUUAUUUUCUAAGAUAAUAAGUAGAGGUCCCCCUCAUUAGUGAGAGCACAGGUCCGCUUUACGGCUGGGAGGAAUCUCUUGUAUAUACACGGGCAGGCUUCUUUCCUCUUUCUGAACCCUGUAUUUACCCCUGCCUGGGGCAGAUGAUUCAGGCUGGUUGCCCCCUUUUCUUUCCUUUUUUGUGGGGGCACAUAAUGUACAGACCUUUACCCCGUGUUUUGUAUGCUUUUCUUUCAAUAAACGUGCUGCUUCUCCCAA